CGUUGCGGUCUUUCAGUAGCUCUCUUCGCUGCUGGUUUAGUUAUGGAUCAGUAACGCUCUCUCUCUCUCUCUCUCUCUCUCUCUCUCUCUCUCUCUCUCUCUCGGUCUCUCUCUCUCUCUCUCUCUCUCUCAGAACUCAAACCGCACUCAGCCCAAUGAGCUGCUGGGAAUACAGCCUAAUACAAACACCUCUUUACUUCCUCACUGGAUGAAAUUAAGCAGAAUUCAGCAACAUGGAUCUUUCAUUUAUGGCUGCACAGAUCCCGGUUAUGACAGGAGCUUUCAUGGACUCCUCACCCAAUGACGACUACAGCAUCGAGCAUUCCCUCUUCAACUCGUCUGCCAGCGUGAACGCGGCCCCCACAGCCUCAGUGCAGACGCAGCACGAUGAGCAGCAGCACAUGUCCAGCGAUGCUAUCUGGCUGUGGAUCGCCAUCGUUGCCACCAUUGGGAACAUUGUGGUGGUGGGAGUGGUUUACGCAUUCACUUUCUGAUCUCUCUGUUCAAAGAGACUUCACUGCAGCUGAACUCUCGAGGCUGAGGAUGAGGGCAGUGUUAAAUUAUACAUACCGUAUACCGGCAGAGAUAUUGUUUUCAGGUCUCAACUAAACCAGUCUCUGCCAUCAAAACUUUCCUUCCAACAAUCUGGAAGCCUCCAACCUCAAUGCAUUAGUGAGCAGUGUCCUUGUGUUUAGAGGAUGUUCAAAGGAAUUAAAUGGGCUUUAAGGAUUGGACCUACUUAAAUGUUCCCUGGAGAUAUGAGAAGCAAUUAAGAGAAGUGCUGCUCAAUUAUUUGGAUGAAGGGACCGCAAAUCUUUAAACAUUAAAGGGAAUCAGGUCACUGCUGUAGCAUUAUUUUAAGCUUUUACACAACAAGAACGAGCGUACUUAUUUUGCUGGCAAAGGGUUUUUGCUUGAUAUAUGAAGAAGAUUUCUAUUUAAAUUAACGGUUCAUUAUCUAUUAUGAUUAAAGAAUGAUCUUUCAUAGCUACACCUCACAUUUAUUCCACAGCAAUCUCAACGUUCAUGUCAUAAAGACAACAAAGGAGAAUUUCUGAUCAAACGCUGCAUAUCUAAACAUUAAUGACUUGUGAAAAAGCACUGCCAAAACACAAUGGAUUGCAGAAGCAAAGCGUUAUGUUGUGCCAGGCACCUUCUUCCACCAAGCUCUCCGUAUUCCAGAGCUGAAUCUCAUUUCUAUCUGUGUUGUUCUCCAAGAAAUCUUAAUGUCAGAGGCAUUCAGUAAUCGGCUGAAGUCCACUUGUUACCAUGGAGAUUAAUCCUCCCUAAUUACGGACAUUAAAUGACUCUUCCCCAGCUACAGGGAAGAAAGCUCCUGAAGGAGAGAUCCUGGCUCUUGGAUGUCUUAUUUUGUCUGCCAGCUGUUUUCCUUCUAUCAGAAGAGGUGGGGCUAAACCCUGAAGAAGCCAUAAGCACACAUCAUGUUCUCUCACAGAUGUACUUUAGACUGGGUUGCCAUGGAGAAGGCUAGAAGGGGCACAAAGAGAGUCCUAGUAAUGCCACUGCACAGCUCCAGUCCUGUAGUGGGCUCUCAUAGAGAACUCCUCAGAGAUCAGAGUCAGAUCGAUGACCAUGUCUCACAAUAGCAAUGUGUAUAAAUAUAUGACAGUUUAUUUCAUAUAGAUGUUAUUCCAUCACGCCAAUAUAUGUUAUUGUAAUAUACCAUACAUGAAACAUAUACUCAUAAUGUACUUAUUUUUUCAGGUAAUGGGAUGGACUAUUUUUACUGUCUGAUUUGAAGUUCUUGGAAUCACCCUCUACUCAUCCCAUUUGAAUCUGCCUGCUUAUCCAUUUCCAUGUAAAAACCAUGAAUAUUGUUUACACACAACUUGUGAAGUUAUUAACAAAUUUUAAUGUCAUCAUUACAGAACAAGAAGUGAAAAAAAAUAUCACAAAUUAAAAUGGAUGAGUUUAGAUGCUGAGGUUUGUGAAAAGCCAUACAGCAAACUAUUCUUUUGUUACAACAUAUUCUUUUGAUUAAACAUUUGUUCCACAAUAUUA